CACCUGCUCACAGUCUGAUCAGCCAUUGAACCGUGACGCACCUCCAUUGGUCCCAGCUAUAAAUCCUCGAUCGUUCCUCGGAUUCCGACAGACGAUCUGACUUCUCCAUUCUUUUUGUUCCGUUCUCUCUGUUCCGUUUUACCUCCGGACGCCAUGUCUUUCUCAGUUCUACCUUGCCUCAGUAUUUUUGUUCUCUGCCUCGCCAGUUUUCGAGGGGGCGUUGUUUUCGCUGGUCCUCUUGUAAAUGCAGAUGCUAAUAAUGGCACAACAGUUGAUAUCAGUACAGCAACAAGCUCGAAAAUAACCAUGACAACAAAUGCCGUCACAACUAAUAACGCUGCUAACAUGACUACAGCGUCCAUGACAACCAGCAGCCAAUCAAAUAUGACUACAAGCAGCCAAUCAAAUAUGACCACCACCAGCCAGUCAAAUGUGACAACUGCAUCCAUGACAACUAGCAACGUCACCAGCAAUAUGACAACUGCAUCCAUGACAACUAGCAACGUUACCAACAAUAUGACAACUUCGUCCAUGACAACCGCCUCUGGAAACUCUAGCGUACCAGUGACGUCAUAUAAACCAACUCAACCAACUAAAUCUACCACUACGACCGCCGCCCCCGAGUCGUCUGGAUUCAGUGGCGCCUCUUUCGGCGGGGGUAUCGCCCUCGGGGUGGUAAUUGCGGCUAUCCUUUGCUUCGGUAUCUAUAAGUACAAAGGCCGAAAUUCCGGGUAUGCCCAGUACUAGACCGUCUCAAAAUCUCAAUUCCAACACCAACGUUUAGGUGCUGGUGGGUUUUUAUUAGUUUUCUGUGAUUUAUUACGGAAGGAGACAUGUCAAAAUACAUGCUAUGAAUACUUUUAUACCUUUUGAUACUCCAGUUUGUACCGGUAUAUCACUGUAUUAGGGUUGCUGAACAGUGUAUUGCUGUGGCGUGUUGUUGUGACAAGUGCUAUGUGUUUAUAUGACCAUGAAUGCAUGUUAUAAUCAUAGAUCAUCUUUUGUAUUUAUAGUAGAGAGUUCUAUGUGUGAGCGAGCAAAUGAUCAAACGAGCGUGUUAGAGCGUGCUAGAUUGUGUUUUGUAAGAAAUGGCUGUUAGAACCAUUCUGUUAUUCUGUUUACCAUAUCAUGAGACAUUUUUUUAUUAAAGAAAAAUACCUUCAG